AUGGACGUACCGGAUGACAACCAUCAUUUGAUAUAUGACUUGCCUGUGCAGUGUGAAGAUCUCUUUGAUAAAGUGGUCAGAAAUGCAGCACUUCAGCCAGUUCUCCUGGAUUUCCAAACACGGUUCAGAGCGUGGACUGUCGGUCUGAAGGUAUUCGCCCGGCCAAACCAAUGCCUUGACUGGCGGUUAAGACAGAGGCUUGAUAUCCGUGAUGUCAUUGUUCAAACGUUGACAAUUCUCCAAAGGGAUCUAGUAAAUCUCAGACAAUCAGAUACCGUUGACAGGAAUGCCACGCGUCCCACAGAGACCGAACCCACCGAGAACCAGUUCAGAACCAAGUCUAUAGAUACUGCAGCUUUAAAGGCAGUCAAUGGAUCACUCGAUGAGCUUUAUCGGCUGGAAGCUGGAAUACGAGAUUCCACCUUUGGACGUCUCACUCCCCGAUUCCCAACCUUUGUUGGCGAUCCACAUUUAGAGAGCUUCAUGGGGCUGGCCUCGCUAUGCAUUCGAACCUUGUAUCCAAAUGCUCAUCAACGUCUCCAACGCCACCUGAGCGAGUCUAUGACUGAGCGAUAUGCUGCCAUGAAAAACACUAAGCCUCGCCAGCAGGCAUUCCAGACUCCGCGCGACAAGAACUCGUCCCCUAUGCUGACGAUUGACGAUGAGCAGCAAUGCAGCAAAGCGAGGCCUCCACCAAUACAAGAUGAGAUAGAGGGACAUCAUUCAAUAUCAAAUGAAGACGGAGAACAGAGAGCUCUACAGCGUGGAGUGAAGGCUAUUUCCCUAUCCAACCUAUCUUCCACGAAUACUGGUCAACUUAAACCGAUGCUUUCAGGUUCAUUAAGCCACAGUCAGCCAGACCAAGCUUGGUCCAUCCAUCUUAGACUAGUCGAAUAUCCUUCCCCACCCGAAAGGGAUGGAACUAACAUCGUUGCCUGUGACUGGUGUUCAGAGCCUCUGGAUGAGAAAACCCUGGAUGGAAGAAAUUGGCAGAAUCAUGUGGACCGUGACCUGAAACCAUACUUGUGCAUAUUCGAGGAGUGUUACGAACGAUACCCGUCUUUCGCGACUUUUAAUGACUGGCAGAAUCAUAUGAUUAGCCAUAGCCGGCGCUGGCAUCGAGAGAUAUAUAAAAAGCCGUCGUGGAUUUGCGCUGUAUGCGACUGUCACAAUGAUGUCUUCAGUAGCUCAGAGGCUUUCUCGAGUCAUAGCAAGGAACUUCAUUGCCCGGAGUUCACGGCUGCUCAACUCGAGAGCCUAUCGUGGCUAAGUGAGACAUCACUCCCACGGCCCUGUGACGUAUGUCUCCUAUGCGGCUACAGAGUGGUAGAAAAUAGCUCCCAAACGCAGCGAAUAAAACCUUUUCUGCAUCGUUGUGCAAAGCGUACUCGGGAGCCGUCAAGGGGAACAAGUAACAAAAGCGCUAGGAUAACUUAUGACAGCCAUCAUGCCAUGCCGCAUUGCUCUAUCGACAUCUCCUCUAGCAGCUCUAGUGAAGAUGAAGAUUCCGAGCAUUUGACUGUCCCAGCCCACACAGAGGUAGGCGACAUGGUUGCCCAACAUGUCGCCGCUCAUUUCCAGGCACUGAUGCUCCUGACAAUCCGCCUGGCCUCCAUACAGGUUGAAGAUGAGGAUAUGCCUGGCGAAAUAAGGAGCGACAUUUGCGAUAUUGACGGUAGUGAAAGAUCGAUCAGUGGCCGUUUGAGUGUGGAGAUGUCAGGUGUGAGUACAGCGCACUUGAUCGAUGGAGACGCAUGUACAGAUAGUGGGCCUUCAAGAGAAGGUGCGACUACGCCAUGA